GAGAGUUGAUGAUUUCUACUUACAUUCUAUGUGUUAUUCGGGCAAGACCUAAUGGAUUCUUUAAAAAUAAGGGUGUUAAAUUUGUUGAUCGUCAUAGUAGUCAUGUUCAUGAUGAUGUAAUUAAAGCAUUAAAUGCAGAAGGUUUAGAUAUUGUAGAAAUCUCUGGUGGAACUAUUUGUGUUUUGCAACCGCCUGACAUUUCAGUAAACAAAGGAAACUGCAAAAAAGCCUUGUAUGAAUUGGUUUCAGAAUGGGUAUUCCAAACUUGGAAAGAAAUUGACACAAAUAUAUUAACCAGAUCUUUUGAAGCAGCAGGACUUACACUUAAUCUUGAUAGUAGCGAAGAUGACAAGAUGUCAAGUCGCAUUCAAGCCAUUAUCACAAAUCAUAUGGAUGAAGUAACUUUUGAUAAAGAAGAUUAG